UCAAUCAAGCUGAGACGAAUUAGUGUAUUAUUCCAAUUCGUGUCCAUUAAAUCAAUUUAUAACUAGCAGCAUAAUAAGUACCAUAUUGGAAUUAGCAUUGGUUACCUAACCAAGUGAAGUAGGUCUACAUGCUAGCAUAGUGUAGUGUAGUGGGCCAAUUGGAAGUUAAAACUAACUCAUAAUACCCAAACUAAUCAAGGUUGGACAACCCUCCCCUCAGUUAAGAUAAAACAGAAAACUGUCGUCCCCAAGUCAGACAUACGGCAUGCUACCCGCGGGGAUGAUGCCCGGGAGGGUAGGAAUAAUGCCAGAACAAAACAACCCGCUUCAAAUGUCCUGGCAUGAUAGCAGUUGGGUUCCUAUAUUGAACCCGACUAACAUUAUGGACUACUUUUCUGACCGCAACAACCCAUUCUACGACCGAACAUGCAACAACGAGAUCCUUAAAAUGCAACGGGCAAGCCUGGACCAGCUCAAUAACAUGACGGGUUACGAGUACAUACUAUUGCAUGUUCAAGAUCCAAUCUUGUACGUUGUCCGCAAGCAACACCGCACGUCCCCCACACAAGCAACGCCACUUGCAGACUAUUACAUCAUCGCAGGCAUCAUUUAUCAAGCUCCAGACCUCUCCAAUAUCAUAAAUUCAAGAAUUCUGGCGUCAGUGCAUCACCUGCAGUCAGCGUUAGACGAGGCGAUGGGCUACAGCAGGUACCACCCUAGCAAGGGAUACACCUGGGAGUUGAGAGGCGACACGACCAAAGUGAAGAAAGAGACGCAACGUGAGGAGCCGAGCUCAGUGUUCCAGAGACAGAGAGUGGAUAUGUUGUUGGGGGAGUUGAUACACAAGUUCCCUUUGCCGAUAAUGCAGCCCCCUCCGGCCACCAAACCACCUCCUUCUGAACCGGAAAUAAAAACCGAACCAAGAGAAAUCAAACAGGAGAUUAAACAAGAAAGUAUGAAACCUCCACCAGAGAAGAAACCAAGACUAAACUAAAGUGAGGUAUGCGUUUAUUUAUGGCCAAUACUUAUUUAUCUGUAAAUAUGAAUUAAAUACCCUUUUAUAUGUAUAUAGC